AUGAUGUCACGAGCACCCCAACAGCAGCCACCCAAAAGGGCCAGAAAGAGACCAGCCACACCAGUUUAUGGAGGACAGGAGGGAUCAUAUAAAAAUAUCAACAGUGAUUUCAUUUGGUAGGCUAAAUCUUAAAAUAUUAGCAUGUUUCAGUUUUAGCUUUGUAAAUCUUCUCAAAGUUUAUCAAGUUUUAUUGGAUGCAUGAUGUCAUUGUUAAGUUGAGGAAAUUGAGAAGGCUGAUGGUCACAUCACUAAAAUAAACUGUAGUGGUAAACUGUGUUAAAGAAGCAAUGCAAUGAAGAUUGAAAUUGACAGUAAAAAUUUUCAUAUCACCUAUCUUCAAUCUUGUUUCAGUCCUGUGUGUUUUGAUCUUAUUGAUGAAGCUUACAUGACUAAAUGUGGACACUCCUUUUGGUAAGUCUUAGAUUUAGGACAGCUAGUGAGUUAGCAAUGUUAUUUUUUUAUUUGAAAAAUAUUGAUUGAAAAUUUGUGUUAGAAAUGUUCAUUUAGUAUUAUAAUUUGUGUUGCUUUAAAAACCAAUCAAUCUUUAUGAACUUACUAAAAGAUUACAACAUUAUCAGACUGAGAAAAAUAUCUACUGCACAAAAGAGGUUAAGAAUCCCGGCUGUUUAGUAGUGAUUUUUAAUUAAAUAUUUAAAAAUAAAUAUUAUGUCUUGUCAUGGCUGUGUUGUAAAGUGUAUAUAUAUAAAACAAUAUAUCCUCCGACAUAUUCAUAGGGAAAACCAUUUUAAAGAAAGAGCUACUGCAUUUAUGGACAAAAUAUCCUCAGACAUAUUCAUACAUAGUUGCUUCCUGCUCACGCUACUUCACGCUUAAUUUUAGAUGGAUCACAUGUCUUUUAGUUUAAAUAACAAAUCUUUCUGUUUCAGCCAUGAAUGCAUUGAGAGAAGUUUGGAAAGAAAUAACCGAUGUCCCAAAUGUGGAGUUCCCAUAGAGAGCCCCAGCCAUAUAUUUCCCAACUUUACAUGUAAGUUUAUUUUAAAAGAGGCAUUUUUUUAGUUGUUAACUUUUAGUUGAGUUUUAAAUUUUUAUUUGGCUGUACUUUAAAAUUUAAACUUACAGAUUGAUAUACAACAGUAUGUAAGACAAAGUAGUUUAAUAUUUAAAUUGAUUAAUACUUCUCAUUAAGGAGAUUGGUGAUCAUUUCACUGGGUUGAUAAUUUGUUAUUGAUAUCAAGCAGUCUUUGAGACUCGUUUUUAUGUAACGCUAAGGCACCCUGUCAAACACAUGCCCAAUUUAACAAAAAGUUUUAUGGAAGCUGAUCACGCUAAAAUAGCUUUCCAGACUAGAAAGUAGAAUUGCCAAAAUAGAAAGUAGGAUUGCCAAAAUAGAAAGUAGCUUUCCAGACUAGGAAGUAGAAUUGCCAAAAUGGAAAGUAGCAUUCCAGACUAGAAAGUAGGAUUUUCUGCAAAGUUGGUUAUGCUUAGUAAUUUUCCUAUCCCUCUGUCACACCGAUAAAUAAUAUUUCAGUAAUGGAGCUGAUCAGGAAACAUAAAUCUGAUGAACAGAAAAGUGUUUUGGCCAAGCAGCUGAGUAUACAAGAAUGGCAAUGUCUCUCCCAGGACUGGGACCUAGGAGAGAUUAAUAAUGUCAUGUCCCUCUUGGUGCUGAGGAAGCAGCAGCUGGAGCAGGGGCUGAAGAUAUCGGAGACCAGAAUGCUCAAGACAUUUCUGGAAGAAGUGCGUGACCGCAAGGAAAAGGUAUGAGGCCUUGAGUCUGUAGUGCAGGGUCAUGUGUUUGUCUUGCAAAUGUUAUAAAGUAAUUACUGAAGCCUUUUUAUUUCAAGAAUAAUGUUGUCGCAAAAUGGAAGUCUUGUUUGGAGAACUACUUUAACUUAUAGUAAUUUAAGCGUUUUGAUGGCUAUAACUAAAUCUUCUGAAUAACAUAAUAUCUACUGGUGUGAACUUUGUAGGAGUUGGAGAAGAUCAAGAGACAGCUGGAGUUUCUCAAUCAAGAUUGCCAAUCAGUUGGGGUAAGGAAAUUUUUCACCUUUUUAGCUAUAACAAUUUUUUUUUUAAAAUAAUAAUAAAUAGAGUAGAAAAAUCUAUUUUAGGCUGAAAACCAUUUUAAAGUACGGUAAUAGUUACUACAUGGUGGGCAAAGUAUCCUCAGACAUAUUCAUGCAUAAUUGCCAAUUCCUUAUUUUCCUUCAUGUUUAAAAUACUCUUCAAAAACAAAGUUGAAUACAAUAAAUUUAGUUUUGUCGUGACAUUGACAUAUGUUUUGAGAGCCAUUGCUUUCUGUUUGAUAGGAAACUUUGCGAGACUUUGAACAAAAACAACUGGGAAGCCCUGUAAGUGGAUCUUUUACAAAAUAUUUAUAAAUAUAUUUACAGUAGGCCUACUUGUGCUUUGGCAUGUCUCUUUCAUGUGAUCAUCUCAGUAGGUAGGAGUAGAUAGAAGAUGAUAUCAGAAUACAAGAAAAGUGAAGAAAUUGGCGAAGGUGGAAGAAAUAUAUAUAUAUUUUAAAUUCAUUAAAUGUAAGCAAUGAGAGAAUAUGUCAACAGAACAAUUCAAUGUUCGUAUGAAAAGUACACUGUAUUGCCAUCAAAAAAUGCAUUCAAUAUGCUCCUCACUGAUUUAGGAAAUAAUUGUUCCAUUAAAUUAUAGAGUUUUAUUUUCUUGGCAUUAAAAUGUAAUUUGUUGCACUUAUCAACAGGAUCAUUUGGUGCCCAACAGUUCCUCAUCAGUUCUCUCUGCUGCUGGUAGCAGCACCAACAACAGCGCUGCAGAGACAACCAGCUCGGACAGAGGGGGUGUCAGCAGUGGUGCACUGGCAGCACACAUCACAGAGUCCUUUGCUGGAGGACCAGCGGUAGAUAUUUCUAUUGGUGUCUCUUUUAUUAAUUUAACUAUUUAUAUUUUGUCUUAAAUCAGUUUUAAAUGGGUAUGACUAUUUCAUUGAUGACUUGUAGGGUUUGCAGUACACACCUCUUAAAUCAGUUUUAAAUGGAUAUGACUAUUUCAUUGAUGACUUGUAUGGUUUGCAAUACACCCCUUAAAUCACAGAUGAACAAGAAUAUGUGUUUUAUGGAGAAAAUUGUGUAUUUACAUGUAUGUAUGUAUUUAUGUAUGUGUAUAUAUAUAUAUGUACCGGUACGUAAUUCUGAUUUUUAUAUGAAGACCCGUGUAUCCUAUUAAAACCACAGGCACGCCCAACAAAUGAAGUAACUGAGGCAAGGAAGAAGAGAAAAGUCAGCCAGCAUUUUGAAGAUCUGGAAAAAGUUUACUUGGACACAAGAGGGGGUCUUGGUUUAGGUAAUUCCCCCCUGAAAAUUGCAACCAUUGAAAGCAAAUAGGGCCCUAUAGAACAAUGUGAUCUGCUUAUCAAUGUAGGCCCCCAGAUGUGCUCAAGUGUGAAUUGUCUUUUUAAAAUUCCUUAGUUACUUAAAAUAACUUGUAUAUAUUCAAUACAGUACAAUUAUUUUAUUUUUAUAUCUUUUAUAAAGUACAAUUAAUUUAUUUUCAGCCGUAUAUACCCACUGAAUUUGCUGUUAUUUAAUGUUUUUUUCUGAUUGAAGAGGAUUGUGGUUUUUUUAUGAAAUAAUGAAAUUGGCUCUAGUUUAAAGUGAUCAAUGCCAAACUUGAUCUGGGCACAGGUGGGGAGAGUGACGGAAACCUGGACCAGUUUGCCACAUGUCUGUCCAAGUUCUCACAGUACACAUCCAUCAGGGCGGUGGCCAGCCUGAACUACACCCAUGAGGUCUUCACUAACAGUUCCUCCAUAGUGUCCAGGUAAGGGUGAAGUCACUGCUUCCAGUGGUUUAUUCAGAUACUACUAAUGUUUUUAUCACGUUUAUCAAUGAAUAGUUUUUUUCAAAUAAGGGACCCUGGAUGUAUGCAACAGAGACCAGGCUUUUCGAUGUCCCAUUAGAUUGAUUUAUUUAGUGGGCGCUCUAAGUAUAGUUAAGCUUCAUUCUUUUGUGUUGUAUUGAAAACAAGAAGUCCGUGUGGUAAAUGACUUCUUGUUUUGGAUAUAGCAUCUAACAGAAGUUUUGCCUGUUUUCUGAGGCUGGGGGCAAGGGAUUAAGGGCACUUUGUGAAUAUUUCCCAUUGCACGAAGAGCGGCCCGCCCUAAUUAACAUUUAAUUCUUAUUUAUAUUUACAGCUUUCAUUUUUCAACUGAUGGCCCUUUUUCAGUGAUGUUUAGUGAUAUUAAAACUUCUUAUUGUUAAAAGCACAACCUGUUUGUGCAAAGCUUCAUUCUUUUAAUCUUUUUCUGUUUGCAUGUUUCAGCAUUGAAUUCGACAGGGAUUGUGAGUUUUUUGCUAUUGCCGGCGUGACCAAGAAAAUCAAGGUGUUUGAGUACGGCAUCGUAAGGGAUGCAGUGGUCGACCUGCACUACCCGGUCACUGAGAUGAGCUGUACGUCAAAGAUAAGGUAAGGAACUCGGUGUACUACCCUGUCACUGAGAUGAGCUGUACGUCAAAGAUGAGGUAAGGACCUCAGUGGAGUACCCUGUCACUGAGAUGAGCUGUACAUCAAAGAUAAGGUAAGGAGCUCAGUGUACUACCCGGUCACUGAGAUGAGCUGUACAUCAAAGAUAAGGUAAGGAGCUCAGCAUAAAUCUUCACUCUCAUAGAUCUUGAACCCUGCUCAAACAGUUAUGAGGCAUUGGGAAUAGUAAAAUAAUGUUUUGUUUGUGGUCGGAUCGCCUUGUUUCAUACAACGGCACCAUCCCUAGCUGCUUGAUGAUUUGAUAUCUCUCUCUCUCUCUCUCAGCUGUAUAGCCUGGAACCCGUACAAGAAGAACAUGUUGAGCAGCGCUGACUAUGACGGCAUUGUUUACAUGUGGGACACCAGCACCAACCAAAGGACACAAAUGUUUCAGGUGUCUACAUCCGUUUGCUGGUCUCGGGAGAAUGCAAUGCAGUUAAAUUUUAACACAGUUCUGUUUUAAACACUGGGCAUGGGUUGAACACAGUAGUUCAGUUUACGAAGGCAGUUAAAUUUUAACACAGUUCUGUUUUAAACACUGGGCAUGGGCUGAACACAGUAGUUCAGUUUAAACACUGGGCAUGGGUUGAACACAGUAGUUCAGUUUAUGAAGGCAGUUAAAUUUUAACACAGUUCAGUUUAAACACUGGGCAUGGGUUGAACACAGUAGUUGAGUUUAAACACUGGGCAUGGUUUGAACACAGUAGUUCAUUUUAUGAAGGCAGUUCAAUUUUAAAUGAGUUCAAUUUAAAUUGACAGCAGAAAUGUAUUUCAUGAGGAAAUUUUUGGUGGUUCAUGCUACAUCAAAUAUGUUAUUUCUCUCUAUGUCUAGUAUGUUGUUUCUUGUCUCAGAUAAGAUUUUUAUAAUGAUUUUUUCUUCAUGGUUUUCAAGGAGCAUGAAAAGCGCUGCUGGAGUGUUGACUUUAAUCGCAUGGAUCCAAAAAUGCUGGCCUCUGGGUCAGAUGAUACCAAAGGCAAGUCCUAUUCAAUUGAUUUUAAAAUUACACUUAAACAGUGGGACUUAAAUGUAGCAAACAUUUCUUGAAUUGUUUUUUAGCCGGCAGUGCUGAGUUUGACCUGACAAAAGCCAGACCAAAAUGGUUUAUUCCAAAACUAAUAAUUUGUCCUGGGCUACUGCCUCACUCACUAAAUACUGUGCUGGGGAGUUUUGAUUAUCAGAAAAAUAAUGAUGACAGCCACUGAAAAGGAAUGUUGGCCACAUCACAGUAUAUAUCUUUCAAACAAAUAUAUUCUGUUUGGUGAGUUCUUGGAAACAUUCAAAUUGAUCUAUGUGUUAGUGAUUAAAGGAUAAACAUAAAUUUUUUUUUUUUUAAAUCUUUAAUGUUGUGUGAGUUCGCACAUCUCUAUUUUAUGAAGUGAAAACUAAAGCUAACUACCAUAAUUUUAUCAAUCUAAUCAUUCAACUUUCAGUGAAACUCUGGGACUGGGACCGGCCGCAGUCUGUGAUGACCAUUGAAGGCGGGGCCAAUGUGUGUUGUGUUAAGUUCAAUCCUACGACGCGUUACAACUUGGCUUUUGGAUCUGCGGGUUGGUCCAUUCAGUUGUUGAUUGUUGGGUUUUUUUAAACAAUAGUCACUGCUGGAUACUUUUGUUGUUGUUGUAAAGUUGUAAAGGCAAAUUCAAUAGUCAUUGUAAUAUUUGUGCACAUUGUUGCAACAAGUUUGAACGUGCAGCUAGGAUGAAAACAGUUAGUUUAGAAAGUAUGAUAAUAACAAACAAUGUGUCAAAAGUUUUCCCUUUUAUUUUAAGGUAGACAGCCUUAAAAAUUCAAACUGAUUGAUAUUCUAAAUAGCCCAGCAUGUUAUGUUUGACCAACAGAUCACUGUGUCCACUAUUAUGACUUGAGGCAUCCUAAGAAAGCUGUGUAUGUGUUCAGAGGACAUGGCAAAGCCGUGUCAUAUGUGAAAUUUCUCAAUGGAACAGAUAUGGUUUCAGCGUAAGGGAAUAAAAAUCUAAAAAUUGGUUACGUUUAUUUCUGAAUGUUGUGAAUUGAAAGAAAGAAUAGCACUUUCAGAAAUUUAUAUUUUUACUUCCGGGAUUUAAAAAAAUACUUCCCUUAAUGCAUGCUUAUGAAAUUCACUUAAAGUCAUCAUCAUCCUGCAGUAGAUCCCCCUGUGCCCAUCAAGGAUCUCACUCCAUGUUUUUCUGUCACCCUAUCUCAUUUUCUCCAUACCACGUCAAUCACUUUUGUUAACUUUUCAGACAUUCUGCAAUUGCUUGUGAUGAGUUAUCUCACCUUUUACUUAUCUCCCAUGUAGGUCAACUGAGUUACCUAACUUUGUACUCAUCCCAUUCAUGUCAACUGAGUUACAUUUUUACUUAAGUCCCAUGCAAGUCAGCUGAGUUACCUUACCUUGUACUAAUCUCCUAUGCAAGUCAACUGAGUUACCUUACCUUGUACUGAUCCCAUUCCUGUCAAAUGAGUUACCUAACUUUGUAUUUAUCCCAUUCAUGUCAACUGAGUUACCUUUUUACUUAUCUCCCAUGUAGGUCAACUCAGUUACCUUACCUUGUACUUAUUUCCCAUGCAGGUCAACUGACAGCCAGCUGAAGUUGUGGAGUCUGGGGCGGCACAACGCCAUUUCUACAUUUAAAGGACACAUCAAUGAAAAGAACUUUGUUGGACUUGCCACUGAUGGGGACUACAUUGCUUGUGGUCAGUCUCUUUGAUCUUCUUCACGGUCUCCUUUGUUUCUUCAGAUAAAUCUUCAUUUUCAACACCAGCUGUGUUAUUUUCUAUAUUUAUUAAGUCAAAUAUUUUAAACUAUUUAUAAUUCUUUCUCAGCAUCAUGUUUUUUUAAUAAUAUUGAUAGUUUUAGUUAAAAUUGAAGCCACUAUCUAGUGUAAGCAACCUUCUCGUUUUUUCUAAAUGUUCCAAACUAUCAAUGAACCAAUAAACACAGUCUCUGUCUGAUACAUUUUAUUUGGUUGAUCUUUUGAGAAAGUAAAACUCAACUAGCAGUUUGAACCCAGCAAUGACCCAAUUUAAUGUUUCUAUCUUCCAAACAUGAACAGGAAGUGAGAACAACUCACUGUAUCUUUAUUACAAGGGACUUUCACGUCAGAUUUUGACUUACAAAUUUGAGCCAGCAAGGAGAUUAAUCGUAAGUGGGACCAUUAAAUCAGUUAUAAUAAAUUCCCUUCCAAAACUCAUUGAUAAAUUGACUAAUAGAAAUUAAUUAAUUUAUUACAAUAGUUUCUUUUUGGCUUGACCUUCAAAGAACAAAUUAUUUUAAAAGUAAAAAUUUUAAUUUACACUGUAGCUAUCUUCAUCAUUUACUCCUUAUGUGUUAACUUAGAGAUACCAAGCGGAGAUCAACAAGCAGGUGACAAAACUAAUAACCAGUUUAAUUUUUUUUUUUUUUUAAGGAAAAGCCCGGAAAAGAUGAUGACUCUACAGAAUUUGUGAGUGCUGUUACUUGGAAAGCGG